AUGUCAAAAUUUAUAGCUACGAUAUCUGGUUUCAUUGUUUCUGGGGCAUUAUUAUAUUACUUUCAAAAUGAAAUUGAAAAUAAUACAUCACAAAUUCGUUCAAAAUUACAUAAUACUAGAAAUCAGCUCGAAGAUGCUUUACCCAGUCAAUUAAAAGAUAGUUCGAAUAAAUUAAUUCAUCCAUCUAAACGACCAAAUGCUCGACCACAAUUACCAAUUCCUUCUAUUACUCAAACACAAAAUUAUAUCAAUCAUCGUUUCAUUCCAACAUUUAAAACAACAUGGAAUGAUCAAGUUACAAAUAUUGCCAAUAAACUUACUGGUUUCGAUGCAAAUGAAUCGGCUAAAAAUGUUAAGUCUUUUAUUGAAGAUAAUUCACUAUCAAAACUUAGAGGGCACCAUUUAGAUUUUUCCUUAAUGUAG